AUGGAUGGCGAGCUAGAGCUCUUGCGUGAGACCUUUCCAGAUGCACUUUCAGUACAGGACUUGUGAGUUAUGCUCAUUCCAUCAUAUAGUCUUUGUCACUUUAGGGGACACGGUCACAGCAUCUCGUUGGUUAUUAAUCCAGCGGUGGAGACAAAUAAUGUUCAAGUUUCAGUGCAGCUGAACAUUUUUUGUCCUGUCACGGUACUUUGUCUAUUUUUCAUCCUAUCUGUUAUCGAAUCUAGUAUCCGUCCGAAGCUCCUACAUUUAGCCUCAGAAACGCCCUCGGACUUUCGGACAUUGACGUGGAACAGCUGCACAAUCUUUUAGUCAGUAUAAUUGAAGCCAGCAGAGGCGACUUGGUUUUAUUCCCUCUCAUUGAGGUGACUUUUUCUGUUGGACUUUUUCCCCCAGUUCAAUUAGCCGAACGAAAAUGUUAAGUUUGAUGCCGAAUAAACUAUUUGUUUGAGCAUAGCAACAAUCCGCCAUACAGGCAUCUUCUUUUCUAGAUCUCCUGCGAUAUCUAAUUUCAUCAUAAACUCCUCGUUUCAAUGCAAAGACUAGGCAUUUCGGUCGCUAGUUAGUUAUUAAUAAACUCACGGCUUAGGCUUUAUAUCGUUCCGUCAACUCCAGGUGAUGGGUUAAAGGUAUCCGGAGAGAUUGGUAUUAAAUCAGUGCGAUAACAGCAGCCUGUCUGAUUCGCUUGACCCCAUGUUUCAAAGUAGCCUCUUCUCAUUUGAUUGUUUUUGACCUUUACCAGCCAUCAAAAGACUAACGCAAAACUCAGUAAGUUAGGCCUUCGACCUUGGGCCGAAAUAGCGACCUCCAUUGAACAGGCCUCGAACGUUGGUGACACUCAAAUACUCUGCAAAUUUAUCCGCCAAGUUAGUGGUAACCCCUCUAAACUGAGUGACUCUGUUCACAACGUGAUUGGCGUCUUUAUUGCUGACGACGACCAAAGCGGAGCGCUGGCGUGAGCACUUCGAGCACCGUUUCAAUUCAGUGCCUAACCCACCACGCCCUUGCUCUCCUCUGCAGCGGAGUUUCUUUCCUCUCCACCCUAUGCAGUGCCAUGCAACCCCCUUCUGAGGGAGAGGUCGCCGAUGGCAUACGUCAGCUACGCCAUGACAAGGCACCCGAAGAGGUUGGUAUACCCAAUGAAGUCUUCAAGUCUUGUGUCAACACUGGCACCCUGGCCCCAUGGGGUGAUUGGACAAGCGUGGAGAAAGGAAGUUGCUCCUGAUGAGUGAGGCUUAGGCGUCCUUGUACCUAUCCUCAAGAAGAGAGAUAAGGUGCGUGAACUACCGCGACAUAAGCCUCAUCGAGGUUGUUGCGAAGAUCUUCGCUAUUGUCCUACUCAGACGGUCCCAGGUUGUGCGUGACUCAAGGACGAGGCCCAACCAAGCCGGAUUUCGUGCUGGGCGUGGAUGCGCGGACCAGGUAUUCACACUAAAGCGCAUUCUCGAGUUUCGCCAUAGCUACCAACAACCAACGGCCGCCCGUCUUUUUGACAUUGCCGCCGGUGUUCGAUUCCGCCUUUCGUGAGUCCUCGUGGCGGAUACUGGCACUAGAUGGUGUACCGCCAAAAAUCAUCUGCAUGAUAUAGGCAUAUUAUCGCUCCACCGCCACGCAGAUCAUGGUCCGCAACAAUCUUUCUAAACCGUUUUGUAUUCAGUCUGGCGUUCGACAGGGUUGUAUGCUGUCGUCCAUUCUGUUCAGCUACGCUAUUGACUGGAUUCUCGGGAGGGCCCCACACGAAGGUUAAGGUGUUGAGUCUGUACCCGGAAACCGACUGACUGAUCUCGACUAUGCCGAUGAUACUGCCUUACUUGCUUCAGGUUUUGGUGAUCAGCAGUCUAUGAUGUCACGAGUGAACGAGGUCGCCAAAUCAGUCGGUUUAUCUACGAAUGUUGGGAAGACUAAAGUGCGCUCAAACUGCAUCCCUGACCAGGACAAGGCACCGCCGAGAUUGGUGGCUGUCAACAUGAACAAGUAGACCGUCUUAAAGACCUGGAGGCGAGGCUGCCGCCGAAUGGGCAGAGUAGCGGUGACAUUGUCUCCCGAAUUGAUACUGCCCGCCGGGUUUUCUCAAGCCUUAGAAAGUGCCUAUGGAUCCGACAUGACAUCUCCAUCGCCACUAAAAUUCGCGUGCACCGUGCAUCUGUCCGGUCUGUCUUCGAUGAUUGUGAAUGUCAGACCGUGCGCGUAGACGAGCGAAAACUGGAGUUAUUCGACAGCUACUGCUUGAGGACCAUCCUUUGAGCGAAGUACACCAACUUUGACUCAAAUGAGACAGUGCGCUCACUGCGACAACAUCACAAGGAUAACCCAGGCCAUGCAAGAAAGGCGACUGAGGUGGUUUGGUCACUUUAUCGUCGUACAUUUCAGGAGCUUAGCGUUACUGCCCUCAAUCCGGCACUGUUACCCCAUUGGAGGCGUCAAAGAGGGGAUCAACUUAAAACCUGGUCCGACAUAGUUCGUCCAGCCGUGGAGGGGGUUCUUAGACCAUCGGUAUUCGGUCUCCGUCGUUGGCGAAGAGAAUUGGUUGAACUGUCCAAAUCUGCUGUCGCGGUUCAUCACGCAUGGCGGGGUACAGUUCGGGACAUCAUCGAGGCCGGCUAGAUCAGGCAUAAUUGCAGCCGUAACAAGUUCAAGUAAACACGUAAUCACCUCGCAAACUACAGGUGACACCUUCGAAGAUACAUUGGAGGCCCCCUUCGACGAAUCCCAUCCAUGUCCCGUUAUUUCUUGUUUUAACAUGGAGCAUGAUUCGGGAACGUAAACACCAGAAACGAUCGACAGAAGGUGUAACGAUACUUUAGACAGGGCACUCUAGAUGCAAAGCGGUGCUCGUGGAAUCGUAAAGCAGCCUCGUGCCAAAUUUUUCCCUGUAGUAGAAUUCGUUUCCCAUUUAAGCAGUUGGUCAUUAUCAUAAAAGUAAUGUGGGGUAUCCGACCAGAAGUGAGUACAAGCAUUCAUUUACAUAGUUAGAUGAAUAAUUCUAACAAAUGCUUAUUGUAAGUAACGACAAACGUAGCAGACCUUGCCUACCACCGAAAAAAGUUGACCGCACUGGGGUGAUCUUCCUCCGACCCGGUCCACCAACUAUUGUCUACUGGUGCUUGGAGAAGAGUAGGAGUUCCACAUUUGAAUUUCUUAUUGAAAUGCGCUUCUUCCUCGAUUGUCUAGGCGCCUCUGGGGCUUGCCCAUUGUUCUUUGCGUGAGAAUCAAACAGGCGAAUCAUUGUCUAGACUCUGAGCCUUCUACUUGGGAAAAGGGUAGUCCCUUAUUUAUCCCGCGUAGUUGUUGUUGGGCAAACAAAUAAUCUCGUCAUUUUUGCCUUACCACAUUUCGGCCUAUCAUGUUAUUAUAAGUAAUCGGUGUUUAACGCACACGACUCCUCGGUGUUUUCGUCUUGCCUACAUGAUUUUUUUGCAUGAACACUUAUGUCCAAAACGCCUAGUCGGACUCGACAAUUUUGUAAAACUGUACUGUAUCCAUUACCGGAUUGGAUUGGGACUCUAGUAUCUCGAUUUGGGCUCAUCAGUUCUAUAGCAUAACACGUUUCGCUGCCGUAGGCGUGUCCUGGAAAAAUGUUCUCAGAACUGAAGAUUCGUUUUCUUUUAAUUUGGCCCACUGACUCGUACUAGUUAACGUCUUAAUCACGCCUACUACUGAUGUUUUUCAUGCAAUUCAAUGUCGUGUCCAGCUAAAUCGGACAAUGCGUAAAACAGACAACUGACCACGUGGGAUGAGGCGGGAAAUAUUGUUUAGUGCUCCACGUGCGGCUUACUUCACCUGGGCCUGUAUUCGUAGGAUAUUUACCUAUCGUUUGAGUCUCCAACGGCUCCUUGAUAGACAGCCAGUGAAUACUAGGUGACAGGGUCACCUCUGUUUGACAACACAUUUCUUCGUGUUGCCCAACCAUUUGGGUGCCAUAGUCUGCUCUUACUCACUUGUGCUGAUUUAAACCAAAUCGCAGGCUGCCUUCCUGGUUGCAGGUCGAAAUGACAUAUUUUUAACCAGUCCAACCAAGUUUUUUCCUCAUUGGGUGAAAGGGAGUAGGCGACCAUUACCGUUAUUUUGUCUUGAGGUCGUAUGGACUAAUUAUCAGAAAUUAGUUUUGUUUCCAGGGCCCAGAAUUUGGUUGUUGAUGAAACUCUAAAAUUCACCACCAUUGCACGUCUCCAUUAACGGACGUUACUGUCACGAGUCUGUGCAAAUUUCGUUGUUUUGAAGUUGGCUCAUUUGUCUACCACCUGGACCGUCCUGGACCUAAAACGAUGCGGCAAGAAGGGUUGACUGCCUUUCAGUGAUUGCUUAAUGUUUAAAAUGUAAAAUAAGGAACUUGGACAGCACAUUCAUUUGCCGUUUUACCAGUUACUGUUAUAAUAAACGUAAGGCUGCCUCUGCCUGAUGUAUUAUUUUUUCACAACAUCCCUUGCUCUAUUUCUUGCAGUGUUGUCGAGAAUUCGUCGCCAGCAACACCCCUUCCAUCGAUUGUGCUAUCUGUUUCGAAGCGUUUCAACAGGAGGAAGAUGUGUAUCGUUCGCCCUGUGACCACUUCUUCCACAAGAAAUGCAUUUCCACCUAUCAUACGAACCUGGCCGAUGAAUAUUCUCAUGAGUUGGCGGAAAUUUUGUCCAAGAAUCCUCACUGUCCUCCGGAUAUCCGACCGGAAUUGAAGGUAUGCGGCUCUUUUCCGCCUGAUCUGAUUCCACUGUUUUAAUGUUUUCUCGCCUAAAUGUCUUCGUCGUUUAUGUCGUUGUCAACGAACUUAUUCGUCCGUUUGAUUAUGCCAUCGCUCUACCUCCCAGACCAUGUUGCCACCGGUCCCCCAGCGUAGCGAUCUAGAUGGCCUGAAUUGCGCGACUGUCAUUUCAGUCUACGCUCCUCCAAGGAGAUUACCUACCUGCAGAUACAGUGGAAGUCUCUGCACUACCGAGUCAAACAUUUGUUUACCAAAGUGGAUACUAAAUUUCACUACCCCUACUACUACUACUACUACUACUACUACUACUACUACUACUACUACUACUACUACUACUACUACUACUACUACUACUACUACUACUACUACUACUACUACUACUACUACUACUACUACUACUACUACUACUACUACUACUACUACUACUACUACUACCACUACUACCACCACCACCACCACCACCACCACUUCUAGGACUGCUUCCCUGCCCUGCAAAACAGUGGAUUGGUUCAGUAAGGAGCAUGAUCUAGUCUGAGCGAAUUUCCUGAAGGGGAAGUCAAUACGAAUACCCGUAUAGGAGAAGGCCAGUCUCGAUGUCUGGCCUUCAGGAAACUUUGGCGAGCACUUCGGGGACUACGGGGCACCAUCAUGGCCAGCAGCACUUAAAUGUCGAGAGGUGUUGCUAGCAAGCUUCCGAUGAUGUGGCUUACGUGUUUUCAAAAUAUCAAAAUUAGCGGGGUUGUUCGUCUGCUUGCCCUCAUUCUGGGAAUGCAAACUUUUCCCCUCUAAUCAGGCCAUUUUUCCUUUUCAUAACGAAAUUUUGCCCGUUGUAUGCACAUCCGUUUCGCGUAAAUCUGCCUUGUCAAGCAGUUUUGCAACAUCUCCGUAGUCUUGUUCCUUUCCGCGCAUUUUUCAACGCACACGUAUGUGGUUUCUUUGGCGUCCGGUUCGUAUUUUUCAUUCGUUAUGCUCUCCUUACACUAACUUCCUCUUUCGCUGCUCCAGGCAAUCUAUUAAUAACAGUUAAUGUACGUAAAUUAUGCUAUAAUUAUAGUCGCGAGGUAUUUCUGAAAACGAGGAGGAGGGCUAAAGUGGCCAUUUCUGACCUAUUUGCCAUCACUAGUCGGGCCGAGAAGGCCUAAGCUCAAUGAGAAAGCGGAUCUUCAUGGCCAGACCGCGAUAGCACCGCCUUUUGUGCCUCCUAAUUAGCGGACUGUUCAGCACUUAAGAAACGUCCUAAUUUACCUAGGGCAAGUGUGUUAGAUAAUUGAAUUGCGACUCAGAGCUUUUGUAAAAACGAGUCCUUUCUCGAUAUACUUUGAAACACCAACAGAUCUGCGCAUAAUUUCAAGACAAUUGCGGCUUUUAUAAGGAAAUUAUUUUGGCAGGACUGCUUGUAUACCUCUAUGAACAUCUCUAUUUUCAGUUCCCUUGUCCACUAUGCAAGACAAACCUGCAACAGUUCGUCCUCCUCUAG